AUGGCAGCCCCGGUGUACCAGGAGAUCCCAGCCGACCCUCAGGCCCAAACACCUGACCACCCUCCAGCACACACCCCACCACUAGCAGCAGAGACACCGGCUGCAGGCUUCCCUGAUUUCUCAGCACUGGCCACCAAGCAGGACAUUAAAAACUACCUUACGGAAUUUCGCCAAACGCUAUCCACAGAUAUAGCAAUAAUACAGGCUGACCUACAGGUGGUCAUGGACAGAGUGAAAGCAAACGAAGAGGACAUCAUAGAU